GAAAAAGCUGCCAUAUCAAUACCGUAAUUCAUUUGUGUGAAGCAGGGUGCACAGUUGCACAAGACUCAGAUAGCCAACUUCCCGGAGUGCCCUGCUUUCUUGGCAGGGACGGACGCUGUGGUCAAUUAUUGAUAAGAUUUGCACAAAACAGCCUCGCACCAGGCGCUAGGGCCUGUCUCAGGCCGCCCUCGAGGCGUGCAAGGGCGCAGCAGCAGCCCGUAGCCCAGCAUGGCGGAGCUUGAGGAUGAUGUCCUCGUUCAGGCCGGCGAGCAGGACGAUGCCAACGACCUCAACCGGCAGCUGUUCGGUGCCGAUAGCGACGAUGAGGGCGCGCCGCCCGCGGCCGACCCGCACGCCCAGGCGCAGCACCUGGCGGAGCAGGAGGCGCUGCUGGAGGAUGACUUGGAGGACGCAGACGUAGACGCCGAGGCGGCGCUAGAGGACGAGCUGUCGGGCGGCAGCAGCGACGACGGCGGGGCGGUCAAGAAGGGCAAGAAGGAUAAGAAGCUGCGCAAGAAGCGCGAGGGUGGCAAGGACGACAAGCCCAAAAAGAAGCGCCAGCGGGGCGAGGGCGGCAAGGGUGAGAAGGGCGACAAGGCGGGAAAGAAGGGCAAAGCCCCGAAGGAGACCAUCGCCACGGGCAGGUCUCGGCGGACGCCGGGCGGUGGCGAGGCGGGCGAGGAGCAGCAGCCGCGCCCACGCCGCCCCGUGGGCGAGGGCGGAGACGACCUGCCCAGUGAUGAGCUGCAGGAGCAGGAGGCGGACCGUGCCUUCAUUGACGAUGACGGUGCGGAGCCGGUUGCCAGUGAUGAUGAGAAUGCGCCGCGUGUGGUGGCGGACGAGGCGGAGGAGGCGAUUGACGCGGACGAGGACCACCCCUUCAAGCGCAAGAAGCGGAAGAAGGAGAACACCGGCAACGUGGAGCUGGAGAUCAAGGAGAUGCUGGGCAAGAUGGAGGCGGCCAUGGAGCAUGACUUCGAGACGGUGGCGCGCAACGCGGGCGUGGAGCUGAAGAAGGACAGCGGCGACAACCUGGUGACGGACGCGGAGGGGCACUACGUGGUGGCGCGCAAGGGGCCGCCGCCGGCCUCCAAGAGCCCCGCCAUCAGCAAGCUCAGGCUGCUGCCGGAGCUGGAGCUGUUCCUGGCGCAGCGCAAGUACCACGAGAGCUUCCUGCAGCAGGGCGGGCUGGGUGUGCUGAAGGGCUGGCUGGAGCCCUACUUUGACGGCACGCUGCCCACCAUGCGCGUGCGCACGGCGGUGCUCAAGGGGCUGCAGACCCUGCCCAUCGACACGCGAUUUGAGGACCACAAGGAGAUGCUGCGCAAAAGCCAGGUGGGCAAGAACGUGAUGUUCCUGUUCAAGUGCUCGGAGGAGACGGCCGACAACCGCCGCAUCGCCAAGGAGCUGGUGCACCGCUGGAGCAGACCCAUCUUCUACGACCAGGAGGCGGAGGAGGCCAAGAAGCAGCUGCACCAGCAGCAGCUGCUGGAGGCUCGGCGCAUGGAGCUGGAGCGCCGCCAGGCAGACGGCGGCGAGGAGGACAAGAGCGCGUCGGCGCAAGUGCGCAACAAGGCCAUGCGCAUCCACGCGCUCAUCCCGCGGGCGUCCAAGCUGGACUACGUGAACAACCCGGGUGCGGCCAAGGACUUCAACGAGAGCGAGGUGGCCAACGCCGCCGCCGCCGCCGGCCCCAAGUCCAAGCAGGUGGACGCGCUCACCAAGCGCCUGCGUGAGCAGCAGAAGAAGCUCAAGGACGGCAGCGCACGCGCCAUGAAGCCCAGUGUGGAGGGCCGCAACAUUGUGCUCAUGAAGUAGCGAGGCGAGGUGCUGCGGCAGCUGUUGUGUUGGACUGGCGGUGGCGUAGCUUAGGUAGCUCCGUAGCUGGGGUGGUGAUGAGGCGGUUCAGGUGCAGUGAUGAACGACACAACGCGAGCGCAUUGGCAGGUGUAGCGAUGGGCAGCAAGACGCAAGGAGGCGUGUUGCGGCGACUGGAGGUGUUGGGAGGGGGACAGUUGAUGCCGGUUGGCUGAUUCAGGCUGAUUGGCAAGCGGGUGGAGCUGCGGGUCAAUGGUGUAAGUAUACCCGUUGCGAUUGCAGUCUCCACUACUUACAGCCCACCCUCGCCAGUGGACUGUUACUGUCCAGCCGACCGGGGGCAUCCGAGGCGUGGGACAUCCAAGGCCCUCCCGCACUCGCCGAGUCGCCGCGUUCCUACACAAAGCAACAAUGUGCUUAGUCAACGCCUAGGACAGGCGACAACCGGAACGAUGUAAGAGGGCUGAGUA